AUGAAGAUCGAGUUUGCAGCUGCUGCAGCUAUUACAGCUUCUGGCGUCGUUGCUCAGUCAUCGUCUGCCCCAAUGACCUCUGCCGCAGUCAGCACUUCAACUGCAUCACCAGUCUACGUCACGCUGACAAUCGAUGACUGCGAUACCACUGCUCCUCCACAGAUGGUUACUGUAACCAAUGGAGUCACACUUACCUACUGCCCUAAGUGCGAAGAGGCUUCAAUGUCUUCAGCCUCUGCCGCCGCACAAGUCACUCCUUUCACCACAAUCUGGACAACAACUUAUCUUUCUCUCUGCACAACUGGUACUUCUCCAGGUAUGACACCAGUCGUCUACACCGUCACAGAAUCGUGUACCGAACCUACUCCUACCUGGACUCCUGGUCCAAGUUACAUUCCUCAAGGCUUCACAACCAGCGAAGUCGUCUGCACACAAUGCGCCGAAACUCCUCAGACCUACACCGUCACCAUGCCUUGCGAUUGCAAGCCUACUCCUGAGUCUUCUCCUGCCAACCCUACUGGCUCCUCUUCAGGAGGCAAUGGUGGUAAUGGAGGAAAUGGAGGAAAUGGAGGAAAUGGCGGCUCUGCUGGCCCUGGUGGCAAUGGAGGAAACGGCGGUAAUGGCGGAAACGGAGGCAAUGGUGGUUCAGCAGGCCCCGGAGGAAACGGCGGCAAUGGAGGAAAUGGAGGCGACUCUGGCCCAGGAGGAAAUGGCGGCAAUGGAGGCAACGGUGGGAACGGAGGAAAUGGAGGCUCUUCCGGUCCAGGAGGCAACGGAGGAAAUGGAGGCAAUGGCGGCAACGGUGGCAACGGAGGAAAUGGCAGCCCUGGCACACCUGGAGCCUCAGGAAGCUCUCCUUCCCAGCCUGCUGCUGCCCCUGCUGGCAACGUGGUCACCCAGAUCAGCGAUGGUCAGAUCCAAGCACCUACUGGCAACCCUGCACCUGCUGGGGGCAAUGGUCUUGCCGAAGGUCCUGCUACCACUCCUGCUGCUGGCAAUGGUUCAUCUGCUGCCACCCCUAUGCCAUGCCCUGGACCUCAAUGCAAGCUCUCAACUGCUGCAUCACCAAGCAGUCCUGCAGCUGCUUCUACCAGCCCAGUCACAUUCACUGGUGCUGCCUCAAGCUUCAGCAUCAGCGGUGUCUUUGCAUCGUUCGUUGCAGUCGCUGCUGCUGGACUUGCUGUGCUUCUCUAG